CCAGUUGUGGUCAUAUCAAUCCAGUGCAACAGCUCCAGGGCAACAGUUGCUACUCCCAGUCUCCUUCCUCAUCCAUCCAUUCAUUCCGAGUUCAGCAUGAAGCAGUUUGUGGUUCUGGCCGUGCUGGCCGUGAUCGGCGGUUCCCUGGCGGCUCCUCGUCCGGAUGUCAGUCACCUGACCGGUGGCUAUAGCUACCAGGCUGGUGGCUACAACGGCGGUGGCCUGGUGGCCAACCAGGUGGUGACUGCUCCUGGUCCUCUAACCACGGUGACCACCUCCUAUCAGCCAACCGCUGCGGGCAGCAACUACUUCAGCUCGUCGCCUUCGAUUGGCCAGCUGAACCUCGGAUCCGGCGGCUCCUCGGGUGUGGGCUCGAUCAACUACCAGACUGGCGGCUCCGGUUCGGUUGGCUACCAGGUGGACUCCUCUUCCUCCUCCGGCGGAAACAUCGGCGGAGGCAUCGUAAGCGACAGCAUCGGACUGGCUGGCUUGCAGCCGGGACCCACCAUCAACUACAACGAGCAGGAGUCGUACAUCAGCCACCUGGCCAACUUCCAGCCGGCGCAGAUCAACAAGCACUUCUACAUCCACAGUGCUCCCGAGGAUCACGACGAGCAGCAGAUCGUGCGCUACGUGAACGUCGGCCGUCCCCAGAAGAACUACCGCGUGGUGUUCAUCAACGCCCCCACCUCCACCGCCAGCAAGGCCAAGAUCAUCGCCAACAUCGCUCCCGUCGAGGAGAAGACCGCCAUCUACGUCCUCUCCAAGAAGUCCAACGCCCUCGAUGUCAGCGCCGAGGUGGUCACCCAGCGGCCAGUCGCCAACAAGCCGGAGGUCUUCUUCGUCAAGUACAAGACGCCCCAGGAGGCGGCCCACGCCCAGCAGACCAUUCAGGCUAACUACGAUGCUCUGGGUGGAAGCUCGGAGACGAGCAACGAGGGCGUCAUCCCGGUCUCCUCGGUGAUCGGCAGCCUGGGCGACAACGGAGCCUCCGGCGUGGUAACCGACGCCAGCGGCAGCCUGAACAUCGUGGGCACCGGCGGAGUGCCGAGCGUGGACGCGGGAUCCAGCUACGAUGCGGAGGGCAGCCAGCGGCAGGUGAUCAGCACGGUGACCACCGGCACCAAUGCCCAGGCCACCUAUCUGCCCGUCAGGCCGGUGAGGAAGUAGGUGGUGAUCCAAUCACUCAAACCAUCAUCUGCCUCUCCAUCGAAGGGGAAACCCACACUGUCUUACACUGCCACUGGACGACACACUUUAGCUGGAUUGAAGCCUCGGGGGAUUCGGACUGGAUGAGAGUGCCCCUGGGGUUUGGGCCACAUUGCGGUGGAAUCCCGCCGGGGAAACCUCUGCGAUUUUCCUAUUUCCUACUUAAUAAUUCAUAUUUUUUGUGUAUAUUUUUUUUUAAUAAAGUAUAAGAGUUCUUAUAGGCAUUCAAAAAAUGUAA